AUGCCCGGCAAGAAGGCCCGUGGUCCAACCCUGCGGGCAGCCACGGCAAAGACCGAUGCGCUUCGUGAAGCCGGACGUGGUCUGCUUGAGAAGCUCGAAGAUCAGGUGCAGAGCCUCACGAAGAUGGCGGACGAGAACCUCGAGCAGGGCUUGCUCGGCCACUAUGCCGAGGCCAUGAAGAUGCGGAGCAGCGCCGAGCAGACUCUGAAGGAGCUCAAGCGGAAGCUGGGCUUGCCAGUCGAAGGCCCGCCGACGGAUGAACCCAAGGAUGCCACUCCCAGGCUGGAAGAGGUGAACGCGGAGCCGGCGGCACAGUCCGAGCAAAGGGCGCCCCGGGAGCCCAGCCUACAGCCUGAGCCGGCGCCGGAGCAGUCAGGAAAGCCACCUGCAGGUUCUGAAAAAGGCGCGACAUCACAAUGCGCCUUGACACCAGGAGGAGCGAAGACAUCCCCGCUGAUGCCUCGCUACACGUGGCUUCCCGCAGAAGGCGACGGCUGCGUGCUGGAGAUCCUCGGCCCCUGCAGCGCAAGCUCAGGGUCCGAUGCCUCUGCCGCUGAAGUCCCCGAUGUGGACAUCUCAGAUGGUGCUGUGCGCUGCCGCUGGGAGAAGUCCGGUUGGCAGCUGACCCUGCCCGUGGGGUUUCGCGUGGACCAAGCUCGGUGCAGCGUGGUGCGGAGGCCACAGGUCGCCUGGAGCUCCAUCUGGCGUUCGCGGCAGCGGCGCCUGCGCCCGAGCACCUCCGCCCAACGCUCGCCGGCCGAGGCUUUGGCUGGCACGAUGGGUUUCUCGCUGCAGCUGAAGCAGACGCAGUGCGGGCCCGGCUGCUGGAACUCUGGGAGGGCGGUCAGCUACAGCAGGGGGAGGUGGAGGGCGGCGUCCGGGAGAAGGUCAGGUCAGACAGCUACCUCUUCAUGGAGGAGGGCGACCCCAUCAUCGCAGCUUUCACCCGGCGACUGGAUCGCCUCGUCCUCGGCAUGGCGAAGGAGGUUCCCGAGCUCCAGGGCCUUUGGCUCAUGCGCGGUCGGCCCAUGGCUGCUGUCUACGCCGGCACCGGGUCGCGCUACGCGCCACACUUCGACUGCGUGGCGGGCGACAACGGGCGGAAGAUCACGUGCAUCAUGUACUUGA